UCAGCGACUAGUCGUUCAGAGCGGUUGGAAGUGAGCGAGUAGCCGAUCGAAGGACCCCGUCCCGUCCCGAGUAGUGUUAUUGGAUUAUUGUUAGUGAGAAAGUGAUUGGAAGAGACAAGCCAUGCCUUCAGCCGGGUUGAGGUUAGCGAAAAACUGCCCGCUCAAGAAGCGCCCAGUGGUGUUUAUCAGUGAUGAGCCUGAGAACCUGUCGACCAAGCCGGAGGAUCUGAGCAGGACUGGCAGUCUGCGUAGUCCUCCGCCGGAGUCCAGGCUGUCGCCUGAGCCGAGUUUUGUGAGUUACCAGCAGCCGAUCAAGGUGGAGCCGCGGUUUGCGCCCCCUGGCUACACGCCCUUCAGUCCGGAGUACGCGCCCCAGACUUGGCACCGCAGUGUUUACUACCCGCUCGCCUACCCCUACUAUGAGAGCCACAUGUACGUGCCCCCAGGCUCGCCCUACAGCGACAGCUCGCUGUCGCCUCCGCACCAGAUGCCUGUGCAGCCUCUGGCCUUGCGCCCCACCGUCUACUCCAGCGUGGACCAGAGCUCGUUGAGCCCCAACAGCUCCAACAACUCGCCCUCGCCUCAACAGGUGGAGGAUUUGUCGGAAAAGAGGCAGCGCGCCGGAAUCCGACACCACUGUCCAGAUUGCGGGAAGAGCUACUCGACCUUUUCCGGACUGACCAAACAUCGACAGUUCCAUUGCGCUGUGGGCACCGAGCCGAAGAAAACCUCCAACUGCACCUACUGCCACAAAGUGUACAACUCGUUGGGAGCGCUCAAGAUGCACAUCAGAACGCACACGCUGCCCUGCAAGUGCACCAUCUGCGGCAAGGCCUUUUCCAGGCCGUGGCUGCUGCAGGGCCACAUCCGCACCCACACUGGCGAAAAGCCCUUCUCCUGCACGUACUGCAACCGGGCGUUCGCCGACAGGUCCAACCUGAGGGCGCACCUGCAAACCCACUCGGACGUGAAAAAGUACUCCUGCCCCCGAUGCAGCAAAACCUUCUCGCGGAUGUCGCUCCUCACCAAGCACUCCGAGGGAGGCUGCAGCGGGGCUGGGCCUGGCCUGGACAAGGGCUACUAGCCCCCCGAUUGGCCUGCAUUUCCUGAAUCUGGUUCCUGUUGUUCUCCCUACACAGUAUUUUGCCCCAAUCACUAGUGCCUUUACAGAAGACUGACUGACUAAAUUCGUUGUACAAAUUGAGCGUGCGAGUGCUGUACAGUUAGUUAUAGGUAGAUUUACUAAUAUAUUUUCGAUGGUUUCUUCAUGAUCUGCAGGCCGCCGGAGCUGCGCUCCGGCCGGGCUGCACUCACAUUGUUGUCUAGUCAAAAGAAUGAGGAGCACACGUUUUCACGUCAAUAGAUGUUAUUUUUUUGCCAUUACAUAGUGCCUAAUUAGUAUCUUUUAAGGCAUAUAUUAUAUAUAUAUAUAUAUACAGAUUUUAUA